AGCCACACUCAACAUGGCGGAACGCACCGCCCCGCGCACGCCAGGGACGCGAGCGGAAGCGGAAGUGCGCUUACUAGCUACAUGUGCUGCUCCUAGAGCGGUGGCAGCCGACUAGGGUGCCCGGGGGUGCUGGGACCCAGCGGCAUUGAGUGAUCUCCGUUCCGCCAUGGGCAAGAAAGGCAAAGUAGGCAAGAGCCGACGAGACAAGUUCUAUCACUUGGCAAAAGAGACAGGUUACCGUUCCCGCUCGGCCUUCAAGCUGAUCCAGCUCAAUCGGCGCUUUCAGUUCCUGCAGAAAGCCCGGGCCUUGCUGGACCUGUGUGCUGCUCCAGGAGGAUGGCUACAGGUGGCUGCAAAGUUUAUGCCUGUAUCCAGUCUUAUUGUGGGAGUGGACCUGGUUCCAAUCAAACCUCUUCCCAACGUGGUGACUCUCCAGGAAGACAUCACAACAGAACAUUGUAGGCAGGCCCUGAGGAAGGAGCUGAAGACCUGGAAAGUGGAUGUUGUGCUUAAUGAUGGGGCCCCCAACGUUGGAGCUAGCUGGGUCCAUGAUGCUUACUCACAAGCUCACUUGACACUGAUGGCUCUGCGUUUAGCAUGUGAUUUCUUGGCCCGUGGUGGCUGCUUUGUUACAAAGGUUUUUCGUUCCCGUGACUAUCAGCCCCUACUUUGGAUCUUCCAACAGCUGUUCCACCGUGUCCAGGCCACCAAGCCCCAAGCUUCUCGCCAUGAAUCUGCAGAAAUCUUUGUAGUCUGCCAGGGAUUCCUGGCUCCUGACAAGGUGGAUAGUAAAUUCUUUGAUCCCAAGUUUGCCUUUAAGGAAGUUGAAGUUCAGGCUAAGACUGUUACUGAGUUGGUGACUAAGAAGAAACCAAAGGCUGAAGGCUAUGCUGAAGGUGACCUCACUCUCUAUCAUCGAGCCUCAGUCACUGACUUCCUGCGUGCUGCCAACCCUGUUGAUUUCCUCUCUAAGGCCAGCGAAAUCUUGAUAGAUGAUGAAGAUUUGGCACAGCAUCCAGCUACCACUGAGGACGUACGGGUGUGCUGUCAAGACAUUAAAGUGCUAGGGCGCAAGGAGCUCAGGUCUCUACUGAACUGGAGAACAAAGCUUCGACGACACGUGGCCAAGAAGCUGAAGGAGCAAGCCAAAGCACUGGACAUCAGCCUUAGCUCAGAAGAGGAAGGUGAUGAUGAGGAGCAGGCAACAGCUGAGACAAAGCAGGCCUCUAAGGAAGAGGAAGAGGAGGAGCAGCUUAACAGGACCCUGGCAGAGAUGAAGGCUCAGGAGGUGGCAGAACUAAAGAGGAAGAAAAAGAAGCUGCUGCGUGAACAGAGGAAGCAGCGGGAGCGUGUGGAGCUGAAGAUGGACCUGCCUGGGGUUUCCAUUGCAGAUGAGGGGGAGACGGGCAUGUUCUCCCUCCGCACAAUCCGGGGCCAACAAUUGUUAGAGGAAGUAACGCAAGGGGACAUGAGUGCUGCAGACACUUUUCUGUCUGACCUGCCCAGUGAUGACAUCUAUGUGUCAGAUGCUGAGGAGGAAGAGGAAGAUGGUUGUCUGGAAAGUGAUCUGGAUCCAGAGGAGCUGGCAGGAGUCAGGGGACAUCCAGGCCUCAAGGACCAGAAAUGCACGCAGUUUGCUCAAGUAGAUGAUGAUAAAGAGGAAGAAGAAGAGAAUCCAUUGCUGGUGCCACUGGAAGAAAAGGCAGUGCUUCAGGAAGAACAAGCUAACCUGUGGUUUGCAAAGGACGGCUUCCGUGGGAUUGAGGAUGACACUGACGAGGCUCUGGAGAUCAGUCAGGCCCAGCUGUUGAAUGAGAGCCGGCAGAAAGGGCGGCAGCAGCCAUCACCACCACCUUCCAGUUUGAAGACACAGAGGAAAACUCCUCAGUGCCAGAAAGAGGCCCCUGAGGGGACAGAGGCCUUUUCAGGGUCAAAAGCUGCCAAUGACCCUGGUGAGGAUGACAGAGAUACCUCCGACAGUGAUGGCAGCAGUAGUGAAGAUGAGAGCUGGAAACCAUCCUGUGGUACAAAGCGAAGCCGUGAGCCUAAAUCAGAUGAUGGAUUUGAGGUUGUGCCUAUCGAGGACCCAGCAAAACAUCGACUUCUGGACCCUGAAGGCCUUGCCCUAGGUGCUGUUAUUGCCUCCUCCAAAAAGGCCAAGAGAGACCUCAUAGAUAACUCCUUCAACCGGUACGCCUUUAAUGAAGACGAGGGGGAGCUCCCAGAGUGGUUUGUGCAGGAAGAGAAGCAGCACCGAAUACGCCAACUGCCUGUUGACAAGAAAGAGGUGGAACAUUACCGAAAACGCUGGCGAGAAAUCAAUGCGCGUCCCAUCAAGAAAGUGGCUGAAGCUAAAGCCAGAAAGAAACGGAGGAUGCUGAAGAAACUGGAGCAGACCAAGAAGAAGGCAGAAGCUGUGGUGAACACAGUGGACAUCUCAGAAAAAGAAAAAGUGGCCCAGUUGCGAAGUCUGUACAAGAAGGCUGGACUUGGCAAGGAGAAACGCCAGGUGACCUACGUUGUAGCCAAAAAAGGUGUGGGCCGCAAGGUGCGGCGGCCGGCUGGAGUCCGAGGUCAUUUCAAGGUAGUGGAUUCUAGGAUGAAGAAGGACCAGAGAGCACAGCAACGCAAGGAGCAGAAGAAAAAGCACAAGCGCAAGUAGGCAGAGACACCAGGGCCUCUGAGAAAAGACUGCAGACUAGAUGUGGACAGCUCACUCUGGCUUCUUUGGUACCUUGCUUCGAAGUAUUCCACCAUGGUAUUGAGUAGUGAUUGGGAGUCUCCUGCCUGAAGGAUGGUCUCCCAUAAAAUCAAUGAUGAACUGUCUUUUGUUGUGACAGACCCUAUAUCCUUUCAUGAGAACCUGGGAUGAAAAUAGUAAAAUCUUUUUCAAUCCUUAUGGGGUAGGGUGCCCAGGUUUGAUUUCCCCAGUACCCAUGUAAAUCCAAGAUGCAUUAAGUGGCAUGUGCACCAUGGUCUCGGCUUGACCUCUUUUUCUCAAGCAAAUAUUUUUAGCCUCCCUCACCCCUAAAGUAGGGUCUUGCUCUAGCCCAAGCCAGCCUGGAAUUCACUGUGUAGUUAGGGUGAUUCUCCUACUGCCUCCCUGGGAUUAAAGGUGUCCGCACACUCAGGUUAAAAAUGAAAUCCUAACUUAAAAAAAAAAAAAAAGCCAGGCAUGGUGGCACACUCCCUUAAUUGCAGCACUCGGGAGGGAUAGUCAUGAGUUCAAGACUACCCUGAGACAACAUAGUGAGUUCCAGGUCACCCUCGAAAAACCAAAAAUAAAUAAAAAGUAACACUUUAAGGGAAAGUUCACGGUUGAUGGCCUUUUUUUUUUUAAGCCUAUUCAUGUACAUGUGGUCCCUUUGAGUCCUUUUAUUAUUAGCUGAGUAGAAUGGUGAUAGAUGUCUUUUUAAUUCCCCACAUUUCACAUAUGGGCUUCACUGUUCCAAACCAUAAAUUUAAUUUAGAAAUGACGAACAGUCCUCAGGUCCCAGUAGUAAAACAUUUACUAGACAGCAAGCAGAGGAAUGCACAUCUUUAAAAGAAAUCUUCACAAAGUCACAAAAUUCAAAGUUUGUGUAUUUUCCUUUUAUAAACAAGAUAAAACAAAAAUUAUUCAGCAAAAGACUUCUACCAUUGGGGCAAGUUAAAAAAAAAUACAAUGAAAUAGAAGACACUUAAAAGCUA